AUGGAGGCGCAGAACUUGCAGGCCGCUUCGACUUAUGUCAAUAAUAUAUUGCUGGCGCGAGGAUUGCUGAAGACUGGUCAUCCGAUUGACUUUGCGCAGCCUGAUAAUGAAGAUGGGGGGACUGAAGCUACCAUGGCGCGGGUUAUUAACCUGGUCAAUGACCUCGUUUUGAGGAGAGAUCGCGAAGCUGAGCACCGUGAGAACCUGGCGACGACCAUUCGCACGCUGCGCGCGAGCGAGUCGGAGCAGACUAUGGAAAUUGUAAAACUCAAAACAAAAGCAUCCGAGCUGAGCCGCUCCCUCGCUCUCGCAGAGGCUCAGGAGCGAAACCUCAAGUCCAACAUGUCCAAAGCCGAAUCGACCAUCCGAGGACUGAAGGAACAAGUGCAGCGCAUGAAGACCACCGUUCAAACAGUCCGUGCACAGUGCGCCAACGACAUCCGAAAACGCGAUCUCGAAAUGCAAAAGCUGAAGUCGCAUCUGGCCGAGCGACAAAGGGGAAAGCGGGAAGGAUUGGGUGUCACGACUAUCAACCUUAACCCCGGCGCAGACCGGUCGCGGUUCGGAGCCAGUGGCGGAGAUCAUAUCAAUGACCCCGGAUACAGCCUUAAGCAGGAGACGACCGAAUUCUUGACGGUGCUGUGCCAGAACCUUAGCGACGAAAACGAUACCCUGAUUGAGCUUGCCCGAAACACUGUUGGGACACUGAAGGAGUUACAGGGAUUGCCGCUGGCUGAGCAGGAGAAUGACGAGGAUGAGGUGUCUGGGAUGUCCCUAAAUCUUGGGCCGAAUAAGGCGUCGGGGCCUGUCUCUACGCUUCCUACGUCUUGCGAAGAACUGUCCGCAAGCAUGGAGACCGUGUUGGAUCACCUGCGCACAUUGCUCACCAAUCCCUCCUUCGUGCCAUUGGAAGAGGUUGAAGUACGGGACGAGGAGAUCAAGUCCCUUCGCGAGAGCUGGGAAAAGAUGGAGAACCGGUGGAAGCAGGCCGUUUCCAUGAUGGACGGUUGGCAACGGCGUCUUGCUGAUGGCGGCGACGGGGUGCGGGUGGAGGAGCUAAAGCGAGGCAUGAAUCUUGAUCUCAGCUUCAACUCCGCCGACGAUGAAAGCAUGGUCAGCAGGGCCGAGAACAACAUCUCACCAAUCCUGGAAGACGAACAGGAAGAGAUGAGCGAGUCUGAGGACCGAGUCCCUGAGGAAGCAGAAGCUACACAAACCCGAUCCAAGCUCCGCAAGGUGCCCGAGCGCUCUGAGCGGGCCCUGCAAGAGCGCAGUGAUAACGCCCGGCCCAAGCGACUCCGCAAAGUGUCUUUCACACCUGGUCUACAGGGAUCACCGUGUGAAACUGCCCCCGAUGAUGAAGAGACGCUACAGAUAAAGGCCUACAAGUCCAAUACUGUGGCCUGCAGACCAUCGCGACGGAAGACUGAUACCAAACCCACUCGCCAGGCCAAUGGCGCCGAACCACGAAUGAGCGUCCGCCAGAAACUAGCCGCGGCCGAAGGUGAAGCUCGCGACGCCGAGCAAACGCGCAAAGAGCAGGAAACUCGCAAACGUAGCAGACCCGAGAAGUCAUCGAGCCGAUCGGGAGGCCGCCGGCGAAGCACACUCACCAGCGACGAGCUGGAAGAUCUAAUGGGAAUGUCGCGGUGA